AUGGUGAACAGCUUGAUUGCAUCAUGGCGGACCUACCCGAUGUGGAUGCAAUGGGUCGGUUCGAUAGCGGUAAUGUUCGAACUGAUCUCCUGUGGACUUUCGGUCGGCUGGGCCUCGCCCUACAUCGCAAACUUCUUGAGUGGAGAUUCGCCGUUUCCCGCAACAGAAGACGAAGUUUCCUGGAUAUCCUCUUCGUUCCAACUAGGCCGAAUAGCAGGCGCAAUUCUGGGAGCAAUUGGCGUCCAAUACUUCGGAAGCAGAAGAGUGCUGAUCGGAAACGGAGUGGCGUUAUUGAUAUCCUGGAUUUUGACAAUCGUGGCGUACUCUGUGCCCUGGCUCUAUGUGACAAGGUUCAUUUGUGGGGCUGCCAAUGAGGCGAUGAACAUCUGCUACCCUCUUUACCUCGGAGAUAUUUCUGGCCCCGGAAUUCGUGGUGCUAUAAUAGUGUUGGCGAUAAACGGUUCGGCUAUGGGUGUCAUAGUGGCCUAUUCUUUAGGGCCCUACGUCUCGAUGAAAGUUUUCGCCUACGUGGGCCUUGUUCCGAACAUAAUUUUCUUUGUGUUGAUACCGUUUCUUCCGGAUUCACCGUACUACCUUGCAAGCAAGAAGAAGUUCAAGGAAGCAGAGAAAUCCAUACUUACUUACAACCGGAAGGCAGAAGUCGAUAAGGAGCUGAAAUCGGUUAAUGUAUUCGUCGACGAAGCGGAAUCGGUUAAAUUCCUGGACAGAUUGCGAGAGUUGAAUUUACCCUCCAAUAGAGCUGCUAUCAUAAAUUUAGUAAUUUUCACCGUCUUCGUGCAAUUCAGUGGAACCGCCAUCCUAACGGCUUAUCUAGAAACAAUCUCAACCCGAGGAAUGCUAACUAUAAUACCAGCUUCGACGAUGCCACUUCUGACCACAGGUCUAGCCGUUUUAUCCGGGUGGAUAACAACGCUGUUUGUUGACAAAUGGCAACGGAAAGUAAUGUGGAUUAUUUCAAACGGUGGUGUCAGCUUGUGCAAUACGGCGAUAGGAGUUCAUUUCUACCUUCUAAAUAUCGGCGUUGAUCCAAAUUCGCUUCAAUGGCUAAUUCUUCUGUCGUUGGGACUAGUCGGCAUGCUUGCCAACGUGGGAAUCACUACCGUACCUCACAUACUACUCGGCGAACUUUUCGGGGCUAAAAUACGAACUCUGGCCGUCUGCAUAUGCUCCUCGUUUGGAGGCAUCUUCGGCUUCGCCGUAAUAUCUGGUUACCAAUAUCUGAUCGAAAUCAUCGACGAGGCUUACAUAUACUGGAUACUGGCAAUCGUAACGUUAAUCUCUGCGAUUUACAGCGUGAUAAUGAUGCCUCAAACGAAGGGAAAAUCUUUGACAGAAAUACAAACUGACUUGAUGAAUAAAUAGUAUUCAUUCAAUGGACAAGAGUGGUUAAUUCUAAGC